UUUAAAGCUAUUUGAUUACUGUGGUAAAGUCCUACUUCAUUGAUAUUGAUUUGUUUUUUAGAAAACAAUAAUUUGGUCUAGUUGACGGGAAUUUUGUGGAGAUUGGUUCUAAUUUCUAGGUUAUAUUUAUUACUGAUUAACAUUAGUUGGGAUAUCACUAAAACUUGGAAAGUAUUAGAGAGAUGUUUUGUUCUAGCAUAGUAAUCCUCAGCAGCUACUGAGGUACUAGUACCUACGCACUAUUCCACUGGGUACCAAACCUAGGGUCUUCGAGUUUCGCUUCAAGCGCCUAACAAUCAGAUCACUAAUUUACAAUUGCUGCAAGGCUUUUAGGUCUAAAUUUCGACCCCUAAAGGCGUCAUAGGUUCUCACUGUCGAAGAGUCCUGUACUGGGACUAAAAGUCUGUUCAGCAUUUUCUGCUUUUCAGGUUUUCUGAAUUCUGUCUGUAACGCAGACCGUUCUUCGUUUUACAGAUUUCUCACUUCGUUUUUCUUCACUGGUUUUAUUCUGUUUAUUUUUUAAACGCAGGUAAUGUGUACACUGGUCAACGGCUUAAAAAUUCUUCAGAAAGUGCGUCCGACAGGUAUUGUAGUACCAGCCGGAAACUUGAAUGCUCAGGUCGGGCGUCUAGGCACAGAAGAGAGUCGUUUAGGUGGCCGAUGGGGACUUGUCGGUCGCAGGUCAAAUAGUGGAGACCGUCUACUGCAACUGUGCACAGACCACAACCUGUUUCUGGCUAGCUCUAACUUCCGACACAGAUAUCGACGAUAUGCCACCUAGCGGCCGCCCUCUACAUCUCUGGCCUGGAUUCACAUUGAUCACAUCGUGAUCAGCUACCGCUGGCGUGGUUGUGUACAAGUCUGCCUCUGCUUUUGGAGUACCUAUCUGGACUCUGAUCAUACCCUUGUAUGCUCCACUCUUACCAUACUUUUCAGUGGACAACGAAUUGAUCGUCAUAAACGGAUUGAUGUCAGUAAAUCGGUUGCAACUUCUGUUGCAAGUAAGUAACGAACUGGGCCAGCUUCUAGGCUAGCUACUCUCCCACUGAAAAGUAUAGAUGAGCAUUGGUUGCAAUUGCAUGACGCCAUGAAAAUGGCGGGUCAAGUCAGUUGUAGGUUCGAAAAACGUCCCGCUUAUAAGCACUGGGUUUCUUCAGGAUCCUUACAACUCAUGGAAGCCCGUCGGUCUACUUCGAGUGAUCGUGAGUUUGACCACAAACGAAGACUGUUAAGAAAUGAAAUUGGGCAAAGCUUGCGUAAGGACCGAGAAGCCUGGUGGUCGGAGCGUGCUAAUGAGUUGGAAGUAGCGGCUACAUUUGGUAACUGCCGGAAGCUUUGUCAACUCAUCCGAGCCACUGGCAGCAAGAAGUCUGGUGUGAGCGAAAAAAUCUGUGAAGAUGACGGAACGCCAAUCACUAACACCCAACUCUUAAAGCGCUACAAAUCACCGGGCCCAGAUGACUUAUUUUUGACUCUUUUUAAAGAUAGUUGUGACUUUCUGGUUAAGGAACUGACAACGUUGUUUAGAAAGGUCUGGGAGCUAGAGAGUGUUCCAACUUCAUGGAAUGAGUCGACAGUUGUCCAUAUCUUUAAAAAGGGUUCACGUCGUUGCUGUAACAACUAUCAGGGGAUAAGUCUGCUUCCGAUUGCUUCCAAACUAUUGGCUUCUGUCAUACUUCGCAGGUUGUUCAAAACCCGAGAAAGAUUGGCCCGUGAGGAGCAGGCUGGUUUUCGUUCCGGUCGAGGAUGUAUUGAUCAUAUCUUCAUCCUCCGUCAAAUUUUAGAACACCGUCAUACUUAUCACAAGCCAACAAUCGUAGUGUUUCUUGACAUCAGGGUUGCCUUUGAUUCGUUGGACAGAACUGUUCUCUGGGAUUGUCUAUUAAUCAAAGGUGUGCCUGAGAAGUUUAUUACCAUCCUAAAAGCCCUAUACACAAACAUUUUAGGCAGAGUGAGGACAUACAACCGCCUUUGUCCAUUGUUCCGUUCAAGCAGUGGGGUUAGACAGGGUUGCCCAAUCUCACCAUUCCUCUUCAACUUUGCCAUCGAUGACAUUCUGGAAACAGCUCUGAUGGAUGUAAGUAAUGGUGGUGUGGAUCUGUUGCCUGGAGAAAGACUUCUCGACCUUGAGUAUGCGGAUGAUAUUGUCUUACUGUGCGAGAAUGCCCACGAUAUGCAAUCCGCACUUAAUCAGUUGGCAGUCAAUGUCCGUAGGUAUGGUAUGUGCUUUGUACCUUCGAAGUGCAAAGUACUUCUACAAGACAGGCAGGAUUCUAAUCCUGUACUCACUCUGGAUGGUGAGCAGAUUGAAGUAGUCGAGAAGUUCGUGUAUCUGGGUAGCUGCAUAAGUGCUGGUGGUGGCGUGAGUGAGGAGAUCAAUGCAUGUAUAGUGAAAGCUAGAGCAGCUUAUGCCAAUCUGGGACAUCUUUGGCGCCUUCGUGAUGUUAGUGUCUGUAAAAGGUCGGAUCUACAACGCGACGGUGAGAGCAGUUUUGCUCUAUGCUUGUGAAACCUGGCCUCUCCGAGUUGAGGAUGUUAGACGACUCUCUGUGUUCGAUCAUCGUUGUCUCCGAAGGAUUGCUGGCAUCCAGUGGCAACACCAUGUCAGUAAUGCAGAGGUUCGGCAUCGAGUGUUCGGUCACAGAGACGAUAAUGAAAUUGGUGUCACCAUCUUGAAACACCGACUUCGGUGGCUUGGACAUGUUCUACGAAUGUCGUCCCAGAGAAUUCCUCAUCGUGCAUUAUUUGCCGUCUCUGGGACUGGUUGGAAAAGGCGGAGAGGUGGUCAGUAUAUGACAUGGUGUCGUGGUAUGAAAGAAAGCUGCAAAGGGCUAGCUUCUGUUGGUCCUUCACGACUCCCUGGUUGGGGUCCGAGAGACGGUGUAACGCAGUGGCUAGAGACGUUAUCAGAUAUGGCUAAGAAUAGAAGCCAGUGGCGAUCGUGCUGUAACCUCUUACUUUCUUCAUAAAAAGUGUUUAUAUCUUCCUUAACUGAAAGAUCUCUUCUGAUUGUACCUUUCCGUUUCCCCCACCAUUGUUCUCUCUCUCUCCCUUUUUUUUUAUAAUUCCCCACGUUC